AUGUUUGAUCUCGUCAUCAAGAACGGUGUGAUAUGCACUGCUAGCGACUUGUAUCAAGCAGACAUUGGAAUUCGUGCUGGCAAGAUUGAAUGCAUUGCCAGCAAUAUUGACUCGAGUUUGGCUGGCGGAAUAAUCGAUGCUGAGGGCGCGUUUGUCACUCCCGGAGGAAUCGACGCUCAUGUUCACGUCGAUGAGCCUUGCAAACUGCUUGGCGAUGUGGCAGACACCAUGGAGAGUGCGACCAGAAGCGCAGUGGCUGGUGGUACAACAACUGUCAUUGCAUUUGCUACCCAAGACAUAGAAAAAAAGGGACCCGAGGCUUUAUCAAAUUCCGUUGAACAGGUCGUCAACGAGUAUGCCCAGCAAACUUUGUAUUGUGACUAUGCCCUGCACUUAAUCUUGUUCCAAGUCGAGCAAAAUUCCAUAGCAGGUCGCCAACUUUUGGACGUUCAGCUUCAGAAUGUAUACGAAGAUUUUGGCGUGACCAGUGUCAAAGUGUUCAUGACAUAUCCAGGUUUGCAGAUGAGUGAUUACGAUAUUCUAACUACAAUGCAUGCGACGAGAUCGAACGAAUUCACCACGAUGAUUCAUGCCGAAAAUGGAGACUUGAUUCGAUGGAUGAUCGAAGAUCUGGAGUCCAAGGGUUUGCUGGACCCGUUCUACCACGGCGUAUCAAGACCCAUUGAAUUUGAAGGCGAGGCAACGAACAGGGCAAUUGUUUUGUCGUCGACUCUGAAAACUCCAAUUCUUUUCGUGCACGUAUCGUCGCCCGAUGCAAUCCAAACGAUAAGCAAAGCACAGGCGCGCGGUUUGCGUGUGUUCGCUGAAACUUGUCCUCAGUACGCGCUGCUAUCAGAUGAACUGACAAAAUGUCAUCAUGGUAAAGAACCUGCAGGACACAACUCGUCCUCCUUCGAAAAAACCGAGAACAAAACUGCCGACCAGUUCGAGGGCGCCAAGUACAUUUGCUCUCCGCCUAUCAGGGGUGAGCAAUGUCAAGAGCACAUAUGGAAUGCGAUAAAUGAUGGAACCUUCACAAUCAUAGGUUCCGACCAUUGUCCCUAUUAUUAUUAUGACAAGGUAUCUGGCGCUUCUAAGCAUAGAGCAUUUCGUGACAACAAAGAUGGCAGGUUUCGUUAUAUUCCCAACGGGAUGCCAGGCGUGUGCACCCGGCUGCCAUUAUUGAUGACCUACGGUUACACCCAUGGUAAAAUAAGAGAUAUGGCGAAAUUUGUCGAACUUAACUGUACCAAUCCUGCUAAAGUUUAUGGUUGUUACCCACAAAAGGGAUCUCUUUUGCCCGGUGUAAGUGACGCCGAUAUCGUCAUAUGGUACCCGCAGGGCAGCAGCGAAGGGAAGUAUCCGCCCAGGCCUGAUAGUAUCACAAACGACCUUCUCGAGCACGGUUGUGACUAUACGCCAUUCGAAGGCUUCCCGCUUUCUAACUGGCCCCGUUUUACCAUCGUUAAAGGCCGUGUGGUGUACAGAGAAGGAAUGAUAGUGGAAGAAAAUGCAUGUGGUGACUACUUACGGAGAGAGAAGAGUACGAUGUGCAGUAACGAGAAAAGUGCAUCAUGA